UUGUUUUUCAUUUGCAGGUCUAGACUUCAGCACUAAUUCCAUGCUGCUAUUGAAUUUUGGACUAGCUAUUGUAAGCUUGUUGUUGCCAAAGACUGAGUUAAGCGUUAGACGUCAUCCGAUCACCAAGUUGUAAUGUCGCCAGUAAUUCGACGUGGGUUCAGAUCCUAGCAAGCGUGUUGACUGCAUGCGCAUUUUGGUGGGUUUCCAUUAAGUAACGAGAAUUCGAGCCGAAAUCUCUUAGAAAGGCCUCCACGAAAGUCUUGGAAUGCUUGAAAACGUGCAUUACAUCAAUGCACAUAGAGUUAGUGGUACAGCUUGUGAUACAACCAAGAAGUGGAAGAUCGAAGAUGUAAACUGUUCGGAAUAUGCCAAUCAAGUGAGCGAUGUCACAUCCACAAGCAAUUUGCUUGCUGAAGGAAAUUCGAAUGCUGUGAAUUACAUCUUAGACCAGUCUCAAAGCAAUAGUGUUGUGCCCUCCACAAGUAAUGGCUACAGUUCACGUAACCACAAGAGUUCAGCUACUAAUGGAGAAGUACCUGUUAAUCCUAAUGUCAUCCGGACUGCAGCCAUAAAAUUACAUGAUGCUUACCAGCCUCGAUAUGGAUUGAAAAGGAAAUCUGAUGAGCUUGAUGGCGUCCCUAUCAUCCAUCUGGUCGUUGAUAAUCAACGAUCACAGCAGCAGCAACAGCAUCGACAUACAGAUGUACAACAGCAGUUGCAUUCACUGUCCCAAAAACGUGGUGGUGACCAUAGCCACCAUCAUUCUUCACAAAGACAUUAUCACAAGCAUAAUUCAACUGCCAGUAACUUCAAAAAUUCAUCUAACAAUGGGAACAAUGCUUUAAACAUCACUAAAAGUAGUAGUUCUGGCAGUGAAGGAGAUUAUCAAUUGGUGCAGCAUGAAGUUCUGUACUCUUCUGGUCACGAAUAUGAAGUUCUGGAUUUUCUUGGACGGGGAACAUUUGGACAGGUUGUAAAAUGCUGGAAGAAAGGGACCAACGAAUUAGUUGCUAUUAAGAUAUUAAAAAAUCACCCAUCUUAUGCAAGACAAGGUCAGAUUGAAGUGAGCAUUUUACAUAGGCUAAGCCAAGAAAAUGCUGAUGAGUAUAAUUUUGUUCGGGCAUAUGAAUGCUUCACUCACAAAAACCACACAUGUUUGGUGUUCGAAAUGUUGGAGCAAAAUUUGUAUGAUUUCCUAAAACAAAAUAAGUUUAGCCCUCUAUCUUUAAAGUACAUCCGUCCCAUUCUGCAGCAGGUGCUGACUGCACUUUUAAAGUUGAAGCAACUGGGUCUUAUACAUGCUGAUUUAAAACCUGAAAACAUAAUGUUAGUUGAUCCUUCUCGCCAUCCUUAUCGUGUGAAAGUGAUUGACUUUGGAUCUGCAAGUCAUGUAUCCAAAGCUGUGUGUUCAACAUAUCUUCAAAGUCGUUAUUACAGAGCACCUGAAAUUAUCCUUGGUCUUCCAUUCUGUGAGGCUAUAGAUAUGUGGUCUUUGGGUUGUGUCAUAGCAGAAUUAUUUCUUGGGUGGCCACUGUAUCCCGGUUCUUCAGAGUUUGAUCAGAUAAGAUACAUAAGCCAGACUCAGGGACUACCUGCAGAGCACAUGCUUAACAAUGCAACUAAAACUACUCGCUUCUUCUACAGAGAAGAAGACAGUAAUUACCCUUUCUGGAGAUUAAAGGUAAAUCCCUGGAAACUGAAGACUCCAGAAGAACAUGAAGCAGAAACAAAUAUAAAGUCAAAAGAAGCUAGGAAGUAUAUUUUUAACUGCCUUGAUGACAUGGCUCAGGUUAAUGUGCCAGAUGAUUUAGGAGGAAGUGAACUAUCAGCAGAAAAGGCUGACAGAAAAGAUUUUAUAGACCUCUUGAAAAGAAUGCUAACUUUAGAUCAGGACCGUCGCAUUUCACCUUUAGAAGCUCUUAAUCAUCACUUCGUAACACUUAAUCAUCUUGUUGAAUAUGCACAUUGUAACAAUGUCAAAGCUUCUGUUCAAAUGAUGGAAGUCUGCAGACGAAAUCGACAAAACUAUGAUCAUGGUGGCAGUCAGCUUCCAAUUGUAACUAGUUUCACUCCUUCUGGUAAUGUGGCCUUGACAUUUAAUAACCAGCUUAAUAUUCAGAACCAGACUCAUCAUGUUUCCACUUCACAGAGAAUAAGUCUGUCCCAGCACCAAGCUCCGGCAAGAGUGAAUGCAGCACAGACUGUAAAUAACAACAUAUAUGCAGCCUCAACGUCACAAGCUCGAGCUGAUCCAUUCCAACAUGUAGCUCCUUCGCUUUGUAUGCCCUCUAUACUGUGUCCUUCAUAUCAUCAAGCCCUGAAUUCUCCAGGGAAACAUGUUGUUCCAGUUGUUGCUGCCCAAGCGGCACAGCCAUCUACUCUUCAAAUCCAGCAAUCUUUGCUCACUCAAGUAGGAGCUCAUCAGUAUGUGCCUGUAUCUGUUGUUGAACAAAAUGGUCGACAAAUGUUGUUAACUAAUGCUACUGUACAGCCUGGCUGGCACAGCAGUCGGCAGAUGUUUGUCCCAUCUUGGCAGCAACUUCCAACUCAGAGGACAUUUCAACAACCAGUUAUUUCUGAAACUGAGUCAUGGGCCCGGCCACUUGUGUUGGAAAGAGCAACUUUAUUGCCAGAACAGCCAACUGUUAUCCCUGUUGAAGUUCAUGAAACUGCUGUGUAUGAUCCUUUAAGAGAUGGUGCCCAACUGAAUUCAUUGUUACCACAACAAGCAACUGCUCUUGGUGCACCCAAUCUUCCUCAGCCAUGGGCAAUUAUGACGGCUGAAUCUGCUCAUUGUACUGCACCUACAUCAAGUCAGCAACAUAGACAUAUUCAGCAAGCUGCAACAUCUCAUCGCUUGUUAAACAAAGCUGUUGAAUCUUCUGUCGCUAUGCUGCUUCCAACAUCUUCUAAAAGACAAAGCAAAGCAAAUAAAGAACGGGAAGUGAGUCACCAUCUAUCUCCUGCCCGAAAAAGAAUGAAAGAAAGUUACACUCCAAAAUGUUUAUCAUACCAUUCAACUUUAAACUCCAUGGAUGAUAUAUUCACAAGUGUCACACAUCCAACAAGAACACUUCCAAAUGAAACAAUUCAUUGGACUUCUCCGUAUUCAAAACCUAUGUUUAAAAUUGGAUCCAAGCCAGCAAAUGCAGAAAAGGAAGCUUCAAAGCCAACCAUUGUUAUUUGUGAUACACCAAGUCCUGCUGUCAGUGUAAUUACCAUUAGUUCCGAUUCGGAUGAUGAAUUUGAUCCUGUUGUCGUUAGUAAAAACAACAAGGUGGUGCCUGAAAAGAAGGUUGCUAAAACAGUUUCUGGGCAUAUUAUGGCCAGUACCAUCACAGCAACUACUUGUGCUAGUGUUCUACCUCUUACACCAAACAAUCAAGGAUACCAGAAUAUAAAUGGUGGGACCUCUACGAACUCUGGAGCCAGUAGCAGUUUCAAAGUGCAACCGAAAGUUAGUUAUGUUACUGUAUUUGAUUCCGACUCUGAUGAUAAGUACAGUCCUGUAAAAAACCAGGUCACUUGUGGGACCAAAGUUAUAAAACCUGAACCUCAAAAAGAGGCACACAGUUCUCGUUUGAAUGCAUGCCAGAAGAAGCGGAUUUUAUCCCAAGCAAAUUUAUAUCAUACCCACUGUCAAAUGAGUAAUGGACCAAUAGUUCAAACAAAGCAAGAAAUUAUUUCAGAUGAUGACCAAAGCGCUGCAUUUCUGCGAACUCUUCAAGCUUCCUUGCCUUGUGGUCAGCAGCAAGCGACUCCAGUAGCUCUCACAUCUGUUGCAGUGCCGACUUUGUUGUCUAGUCAGUAUACUGGCUGUUAUUUGAAGAACAAUGAACGAUCUGUGAAAAGCCCUUUCUGUGAACAAGAACAGAAAUCAAAUGUUAUAAUUGGAAACAGUGAACAGUUGUCUGUUCAUGAGGAUUUAACUAGAACAUCUCAACUGGCUACAUCUCUUCAUGUUUCUCCUGUACCUCAUAUCUCUCAAUCUCUUUAUUUGCCUACUAGUCAGACUGAUAUUUACAGGGAUUACUGUAAGCAGACUGUUCAUGUUUCCUCAAAUCUUCUGAAACCAGUUUAUGACUCAAGCCAGUCCCAUAAGUACAUCUUGAGUAGUGUAGAACCUUCAAGUUCUACUUCCUUUGCAUCGACUCAGUUACCUGUACCACCUCCUGCCCAUCACCAUACAAGCCGCACGGCCAUAACAACGUCAAUACCUUACUCUGGAUCCAGCAGUCAUCCUCUGCCUGCCCAUAUGCAGCCUGCCACAGUCGGAGCUUCCACAACUAUACUUCCUACGACAGCUGUUCCUCUUGUUUCUUUUCCAUCUAGUUCAGCUCCAGCUUCUGCCUCAGCCUUGUAUACUUAUAAUGUGAACUCUAUAAAGUCCAAGUACCAGCAGUUUUGCCAAAUGUUUAAUGAGGAACCUCGCAGAAAUUAUCCAGAAUAAUGUUUUGAUAUUUUGGCCUUGCAUGCUGUGAAGCAAAAUCCAGAGAAAAGUGUGUGAAACUAGCAGUUGUUAAACUUCAGGACUAAAGUUUGGGAGUUUUUUUCAUUUAUUAUCAGUGAACAUUUUUAAAAAGUGAGACUGUUAUAUGAUUUAUAUAUUAUAGACUGCAAAACAAAUAAUUUUAUAUCUUGAAAUGACAAUUUUUUAAACUGUUUGGAUGCAGCUUAAAAUAUUCGCAAAGGAGAUGCUAGUCGUAAUCUCAGGAAGACCUUCCUAUGACUAAUUUCGCUAAAAAGUGGGCUAAAAUAAAAACGAGUCCGUAUUGCAUAUUCUGAAAUGUUAAGUGAGCAGAUUUUUGGCACAUAUUAUUUAUUAGAUAUGUCACCUGAGCUGCAGUAAUUUUUUCCUCUCCCCCAUGUUUUAAAAUGAGGAGUAUGCAAUAUAGAAUAUAUUAUUUUUAAUAAUAUGUUGUUUAUUUCAUGUUUCGAUUAUUGCAUUGCAAGUAGAAAAUAUGUAUAGUACAAUAUGUGUGUUUUGGAAUAGUCAACUUGUAUGUAAGAUUAAUGCAAACAUAAAAGAAUAGUCUUGUAAGUAUUAACUGUGGUCUGAAAUCGUGAAUUUUAAUCUAUUAACAAUUAGAAUAAGCUUCAUGUAUGAAUAAGUCCUUUUUAAAAGCAAAUAAUAAUACAAGCUUGAAGUUUACUUGUCUUAGGAAAUUGAUAUAAAAUUACACUAUAAAUCAAAAUGUGAAGCAAGUAAAUUUUUUAACUAUCAUAAAGAAAUCAUUAUUUAUUCGGUGCUCAUUCCAGAUUAUGAUAAAAGUAAUUUCAAAUUUUGAAUUUAUAUUUCUUGCUGAUAAAAAGUUAUGGUGAUUACACUUCAUGUAUACUAUGCAUAAAUUUAAAUUUAUGGUAUUUCUUCAGAUGCUUAAAAAAAGAAAGAUAACUGUGGAGCAUCAAAAAUUGCCAUAUUAUCUGAUGCUAAUAUUCCACAUAUAUUUUCAGAUGCAGUUAGCUUUAUUGUAAAUCAGGUAUACUAAGUUAACAGAAUUUAAUAGAGGUGUAUGUUAAUUGAGGAGCACUGUUGUAAUAUAUGUAAUUGUUUUUUUUCUUUUAAUCAGCAAUAAUAUUUUCCUCUCAUAUACUCAUAUAUAAUGGGCAUAAAUAUGCAACUAUAAUAUUUUAUGAGAAAUUAUCCAAUAUAUAUAGAGAGAGUGAGACUGAUUACUAUGUUAAGUUAUUGGAUAUGUUAAAACAUACAAUGAUACAUUUUCAGAUGAAAAUGAUGUAUUAUGCAAUCUUUUUUAGCUAAUUAGUACUGCAAAAAAAGUCGAUUCCAUUUAAGUUAUAUUGAAUGGAGUUUAAUUUUAAUGUUUCUGAAUGGCAUGUAUUUUCAUGUAUUUAUUUCCCGCAUUAAAAACCUUAGUGAAUCAUUUUAAUAUAUUUAAGAGCAUUUAUAUGUUUAUGAAUAUAAAGUGCAUGUUAAGCAUUAAAAUUAUUAGUAGUAUAAAUAAUUAAGUUUUAAUAACUUCAGAAAUAUUGGUAUAAUAUAAAUAUAUAAAUUUGUGGUGUAUGCUUUAAAGAGGAGAACUAUAUUAUGAUAUUAACUUUAUAACUAUGCAUAUCCAAUAUAUAGUAUUACAAAACAAAAAUAGUGAGUGUUAUAUAUUUAUGCAUUACUGUUUUGAUGUUUAUGAAUUACUGUCCUAGAAGUUUUCUAAAAAGUGUAUUUUUUACUGAAAUACUUACAAGUACACUGGAAGAAUAUGUAAUGAAUUUUUUUAUUAUUAUUGUAUGUCAUUGUCUGACAGCUUGUACCAUUGGAUUUAUUUUUAAAAAAUUGUAAAUUAUAUGACUGGAAUAUUUUUAUCUAAAGAAUAGCUUCUAAUGUAAAACUAAAAAAAUUAAUUUAUUUCAUAUUUAAUUUAUAAUGCUACCUUAAGGUAAAAUUUUUCUUGAACUACAUUAAAAUUGUUUUCUACAUUUGUUAUUUUUAAAGCAAUAUUAAUUUAUGCACUGUAAAUUUAAUAGAUGAUGUUGCUAAUGCUCAGAUCAAGCUACAAUUUGUAGGUGUAGUGUAAAUUUAUUGCCACUGUAUGAUAAAUUCAUAAAACAUAGCAAAAUACAAUAUCUUGUAUGCACUAACCUCUUAACUUAUGCCUGGUUUAUGAUGAUACAAUUAUGAACCACUAUUUCAAACAUAGUAUUUUGGUCAAUUACCAUGAUCUAGAGAGCUAAUAAUUGAACAAAAUAAGGUUUUUGAAUAAAUACCGAAAAAUCAAAUGUUUUAAAUUUUUUUAAAAUUAUUAUUAUUAUUUUAUUUUAAAGAAUUUUCUAGUAAGAUGUGUACAAGAUGUUCCAAUAAGUGUAGCUUUGCCUAUAUUAUAUAUUUAUCUAUGCAAAAAAGAUAUGCAGUGUUUGCAUUGUCACAAUUUAUCAAACAAGUGUCCUAUGGUUUUCUUACGGUUUGUUCAUCAGAGUGAUAGGUAUUACAAUUAUUUUUGCAUGAAUUGUGUUUGAUAGUUUUGUUUUUAGAAGAACCUAUUCGCAUAUAGCGUGCCAAUGUAAAAAAUCAUACUAUGCAAAUAUGGAUGAGCUUAAUAUUGUAAGCUAAAGUAUUUCGUUGCAAUUUAAAAGCAAUAAACCAAUUUUAAUUUUCCCUAAUAAGAAAAAAGGAAUUCUAAAACUAUUUGAUGUUUCUGAAUUCUAUGUUAGAUACUGUGAUAUAUAUUAGUAUGCUAACUAAUUUAAAUUUCAUGAUGUGAUUUUCAGUGACAUUUCCUACUAUAAAUGAGAUGUCAUAGUGACUGAGAAUAAUUGUGCUAUUGAUGGUGUGUUAGCAUGAUUGGGCUUCUAUGAUUUGAUUUCAAUUAAACUUCAUUUUUCCUUUAUAAUAAAAUUCAGUAAAAUUCUUCCUCAUUAAAAUUCUUUUGUUAAUUUAAAUAAACAAAAAUGAGGAUUUAACAGAUUGAAUUUCCCCACAAUCAUAUAUUUUAAAUUCCAUGUUGGGUAGUCAGUUUACUUCAGUAUGUUAUAAAUUUUGCUGUGCUACCUAAUCUUUUUUUUUUUUUUUUUUUUUUUUUUUUUUAAGUGUGUGUGUGUCUACUGGCUUUCCUUUGAUUGAAAUACUUACUAGGCCUGGAGAAUUUACUUCUGUGUAAUUUAAUUUUCAUUAAUAUUACAAUAUGUAAAUCCAACUUUUAUUUUGUAGUGACAUAAAAAUAUCCAAUUUUUAUAGCUGCAUAUUGUAAUAUAUUUUGUUUUGAAACCACAGUUGUUAUUAGAAUAAAAUUUUGUAAAGGAUUUUUUUUUCAUAAAUAUAAAAUGCAUAUGCCCAUUUUUUAUAUGGUGACUAAAAAGUUAAGAUAUACAUAAAAUGCAGAAAAAAAUUAAUAUUAUUCCUAAUAUAUAUACAUAUAUGUAUGUAUGUUGCAUUUCUCUGAGAGUGAUUUGAAGAUUUCAAAGAUACAUGACACUGCACUGUAUUUCCCCAGGUCAGUAAGUAAUUUUUGCCGUACGAAAUUUGAUGUACUAUCUGCCCGUACAGGUGAAAUUCACUGUUUACUAAUUAAUAUAAUUUGAAUUAUACAUUAUAGUGAGACUAUAUUAAUAUAUCAUAAUUCAUAAGAUUGCAUUAUAUUUUCCUUCAUGUUAUAAGCAUUUAAAAAUGACUGCAUUGUUUUCACCAGAUUGUUUUUUUGUAAUUAUAAUACAUUGUAGAAGAGUUAUAAGUGUAAUUUUAUUUAUGGGAAGUUUAUUAUUUUAUUUAUAUAUAGUGAUUUUGCCAUUGCACUAUUUUGGAAAAUAUGGCAAUUGCACGGCACUAGAAAAUAUGUAUGCAGGUACUCACUAUUUAGCUUGGUGAUGCAACUAAUGAUGUAUCCACAACUGUUUGCUAAUUUUUAUCUAUUAAAUUAUAAUUGUGUGUUUGUUUUUAACUGCUAUGAACAGAAUGUGUUGUAAAGUGUCCCAAGAUAAUUUUGUGAUUGUUUUUCAUUGUCGCUGUUAAUUUAAUUCUGUGGCUUUAUUUAAUUUAAAUUGUAAAUUAUAUGACCAGAAUGUUUUUAUUUUCAAGUUAAGAAAUACCUUAGCAACAAAUUGUAAUUAAGCUAGUCUCAACAUAAUGAUAAACCUCCUGUUUGCUAAGUAUUUUAACAUACCUCUAAGUCUUUUUAUUGUUAUUACACAUAUUAAUGUGUAUGUCUGUAUCAAGUGUUUUAUAAAUGCCAAAAUGUAUAUGGAGAGAAUACAAUUUUAAUGCUCAUUAAUUACAAGUCUUCAGCUGUCAGAUGUGUGCAUUUUAAAACAUGGUUUUUUCAGAAAAAUUUCUUCCUGAAUUUAAGUGUCACAAAUAUACUUUGGAAAAAUUAGGUGUUUAAAUUUGAAAGUAAUUGUUUAUUUAUGUGAAACCUGCUAUAAAUAGUUAUUCUAGUAUUAGGUUUUAUGUGAAACCUGCUAUAAAUAGUUAUUCUAGUUUAGAUGUAAAGCCUACCUGUUAACAAAUGAAUCUGUUCAUAAAUAUGAAAAAAUUAAUGUGUAUCUAGGAAUGCUUUAUUUUAUUGUUAUAUUAAGUGUGUUCAACUAGUGUUAAAAUUUCAAAAGCGAGUUGAAACUUAAUGUGUGUUACUUAACUAUAUUAACAUAUAUACUAAAACUAUUAUGCAUAAUCCAAAGCAUAAAAGUAAGGAAUAGAAUUUAAUUAAUAGUUUUAUUGGGUUUCAAGAAUAUAAAAUUAAGGAAUUAAUUUUAUUUGCUUAAAUUUCAAAGUAGCUUGUACAUGAAUAAAGUUAACCAUUGUUAUGCUUAAUAGAUACAUAUACUUUUCAUAUUUAUAUUUCUUAUUAAAACAUAGAAAACAAAUCCUAAUAGGAUUUCCAAUAAAAAUUCUUCUAGUGUAUGCCAUCAAAUAGUUUUCUUAUUAGACCUUCUUUGUUUAUUACAGUUUUAAGAGAAGCAGCUCUACAUUUAAUAAUGUUAAUGCAACUGCAGAAAAUAUUUAAUCUUGUCCCGCGUGGAAACAGAUAAUGCUGCAACCUUUUUAAUUUAUUUUUGCAUUAAACUUAAGUUUAAUUAUCCUUUAAUGUUUAUUCAUUUAUUCCUGAUUUUUAUUUAAGGCUAAGACAUAUAUGAGAAUCUGUGGAUAAUAAAUUAUGAAAAUGUUUCAGUUUUUGCUUUCUAGCAGAUAUAAUAGUGAUUAAAGUGAUUGGUUUUGAACAUUGAGAACUUUUUAGGUAUAAUUUAUUUCUCUAUUGAUAAAUAUAAUUAUUUACAAUGUGGAAUAAAUAUUAAUAGAAUUAUAAGACAGAAUAAUAAUAUGUAAUUUAUAUUCUACACUGUGACAUACUUUACUUUUUAUGAAAAAAAAUCAAGUUUACUCACACACAUUGAGCUAAUUAUAAGCCUGUAAAAUUUAAUGGUUAGUUCAUUAAUUGAUUAUAGGAAGAUUGAUAUUUAAUUGAUUGAUUAUGAAGAGGACUAUUUUUAUAGUCCUCCCCAUAAUCAAUCAAUUAUUAUCAAACACUAUAGGGAGGAUACAUUUGUAGAGGAAUGUCCAAGGGAAAAUUAUUCAUUUUCACAUAUGGGAAAGAACAAGAACUCCAUCUAGUAAACUUGUUUGCCAGGAAUUGAACACAGGACACACUACAAAUGUUCAAUAGUUUUAUCCUCUCAGCUAUUGGUGGAUACUUAUAUUAAUUGAAAUAUUGAGCAAGAGGAAAUGUGUUUUUAAUUUAUCGAUUAAUAAAUUGAUAUCAAUAAUUGUGUCGUAGCUGCCAGCUUUCCUGGUUUCAUCAAAUCUCCUGGUCUCCUAGUAGAUCACUGAAUCUUCCACUUUUUAAUUUUUAAUAGAUUGUGCAAAUUCCAUUCUCUCUCCCCCUUUGGGAUUUUCAAAGUAAGUUUUAUUAAAUUUUAGUUCCUCUGAAUUGUGUUUUUUAUUACAUUUUAUUAUGUUUUUGUUAAAUUUUAUUUAAUUUGAGCUGUCUUUAAAUUCUGUAGAAUUUUUAGAUUUUUAUAUGAAGAUUCAAGCAAUGUUUAAUCUAUAAUAUAUAUAUUAAAUUUACUUCAGUAUAAUAUAUGUUACUAGGUGUAGCCACACAGGUACUAUAUACAUUAAUAAUUCAUUUUAUUCUCAUUAUAUGUAAAAGCACUCUAAAAGAAAUUAAGUUAUAGUAUAUACUUUAGAGUAUUAAAAUUUAAUUAGAAUAAUUAAAAUUUAAUUUAGAGUAUUAAAAUUUUAAUUAAUCUAAAUUAAAUUUAAAAAAUGUAACUACCCAAAGAACGUUAAGAAAAAUGCUAAUAUAUUCCCUCAAAAUAGUUUAUUAACCUGAAUCGUGCAUUAUAAAGUAAUUUUAAAUCACUUUGGAGUUCCUUUGAAAUGGCGUUGAAAUUCAUAAAAACCUGCAAAAAUUUCAUGGUUUUUCAAAUUUCAGUGUUGGCAGCUAUGUAUUGUAUGAAUGACUGUGAAGCAUUAUUCUGGAAAAAAUUUCAAGUUAAUAUUUCAAUAAGAUAAGUUAAUGAUAAAUUAUCCUAGCAUUUGGCAAGUGCAUGCAAUUUAAUCUUGUAAACAGACCUCUUUACAAAAAAUUUGCAAAAAAAAAAAAAAAAUUGUCUCCCACUGAACAGCUUUUGAAAUGUGUUAAACUGGUAAUCCUUGAAAUUUAUCAUGUAUACAUAUUAAAAGUGAUGAUAUUUUUAUUAGUUUUAGUAUAAUUAAUUACUGAAAUGUUGAAGACUUGUAAUAUGAGAAAAAUUAUAUUUUUUCUGAAAUGUGAUUUUUUUUAAAUUUAAAAUUUUAGGCCUUGAUUUAAUUUUUUUUAUUACUUUUCAUGGAUUAUUUUAUUUUACUAAUGGGGAGAUUGAAGUGAAUUGAAAACUCUGUCACAGGAACAUUAUUUCUGUUCUUUGCUUUAGUUAUAGUGUAUUUAAAUGUAAACAAAUAUCAUUCCAUUGUGUGUUUCCUAUUAAAUAAAUUAUUGUGCUAUCUUUUUAGUGUGCCAAAAAUUAUAUAUAGUAUAGGAGUAUAGCAUGUGACAUGCUUUUUUGUACCUUUGAAAUAUCACAUGCCUUAUGAAAUGAGUGUAUUUCCAAAGUAGUUAUGCAAAUGGAACAUAUGUGCCUGUUUGUAUUAUAGCUGCUGUAAUUAUUUGUGUUCCUUCUUUAUAGCUUUAAACAGUACUAAAUAAAAUUGGGAAAAGUUUUUUGCAUUUGUGGUUUUUCCAGUAUUAAAGUAUGAGUAUUUGAUUGAAGUAACCAUUUCCGCAAUGCCCUCAUAAAUGUUGAAUAUGUAUACUUAUUUUUGUGCUAUUGCAGGAAUGUAUUUUAUGCAAAUACUGUAUCUUAACUAAUUUUUAAUUGUUAUGGGUUACAGUUAAGGAUUAUUGGAAUAUUUGUAAGAAAAUGUAAAAGAGAAAAUAACUAAAAAAAUUGUUGCUUUAUUAUAUAACUUUUUUAAAACUCUUGCUGUUGUAUUUAACUGAUGCUGUAAACAUCUUUCGUGGUGGUGGAAAUGUGAAAAUGUUAGGAUUCUAAUGUACUUUCUCACACAUUUUUCUCUGCUUAUUGAUAAUUUGCAGAUAUAUGCUUCAAAUGUUGUGCACUUUUUAUAGUUAAUAGUGAUAUGCGAAUUACAGAAGAAAUUAACAAAUUGAACUGUGUACCUAAUCCUAUACUGUUCUUAAUUAGUGUAAAUUUUGUAAAACAACAAUGGAAAAAAAUUUAGGCAAAAUUGUUAAAUAAAUUCAUAAAAACAUC